CCUUAGAUUAUUUUUCGGUGAAAGAAAAACCCUAAAAAUUUGUAAAACAUUCCCAUUGUAUUCGUGUAGAGCUGGCCGCAGUAAAAGAAUGUCCAUGGAGCUUCAAACCGCCGGAAAUCCGAGAAAAUGGCGGUUCACAUGGGAAGCCCAAUCUCACAUCCCAAUCCUCCGCCUAUUCCUAUUCGAUUCCUGCACAAAACCCUCGACUCAAUGCCGGAAGCUCACCGUCCACAUAACCCCCGCAGAGUCUCUGGUCCUGGUGAGCUGGGCCGAGGACGCUCAGGAGGUCUCGCUUAGGGUUCCAAUGCCUAGGGUUUUGGUGGACGCUGAGUCGCCGGUGAGCUUCAGUGCCCUAGACGAUCACAUUGAAGUCAAGCUCGUCCUCCUCCUCCCUGUUGAUCACCCCAUUGUUUUGAGCUUCGAUUCUUUACUCAGUUUGGAUGGAGGGGAGGAGAAAGCGUUGGAGGGCGAAUUGAAGCCGCUUUCGUUGGCUUCUGAGGUCAAGAGUCUAUCAUCGUCUGGAGUUCACUUUUACUGCAGAAAUUGCUCGUUUAAGUUGACUGCAAGUCCCCUGAGCCAGUUUGUGGAAAUGCCUUCAGUCAAUUGGCGAGAGGUGGCUGAUAACUGGUUUGGGGCUUGCUGUUGUUCAUUUGGAGGCAUUAGUGAGAAGCUGGUUGUUAGAUAUGCAAAUUCUUACAUGUGUGCAAAGGGUGUCUGCCUGGUGAACUCUACAAAUAUUACACUAUGCAAGGAUGAUCUUGUUGGAUUUGAAUUUCCUGACUUGGGUGAAUGCCAAAGAUACGAUAGUGAAUCAGAUGGAAGUGGUGACAAUGGUUUUACCGAGUCAGAACUUAAUCUUGGAAGUAAUCUCACAUGCAAUGAAGAUUUUGCUGCAGAAUCUAAAUCUGAAGUUGCUAACGACGAAAGUAACAGUGAGGAUGCACCUCAUCUCUGCUCAGGAUCAGUUUGCUCUAUAAAAAAUUCGUCUACACCAGGAUGCUGUAAUCAUAUGGGAUGUCAUGUUCAAAAUUAUGAUGGUGACAGCUGCAGACUUUGUUUUUCUGAAAUUUCUUUAGAGGACCAAAAACCUACUAAAAGUACGGAGAUCCUGAAAAACCACGAAUCUUUCCUAAAUGGGUAUCUUGAAAACAUUUUUAUGGUUAGGUCCUCCAAUCUAUCUAUAGAUGUUGAGUGGGUUGAAUUUUUCUGCCCUCAAUGUUCAUCACUUCUCGGAGCUUACCCUUGUGAUAAUGGCAGUGCACUUGUAGAUGGUGGAGUUCGAUUGUUUAAAUGUAAUGUUUCCACUGGCCUGCCAGUUGGUGAGCCAGCGGACAUAUUCAGGAAGUAUACACUGGAAAGUAUGUUCGCAAAUCAACUACUUGAGUGUGCAAAAGACGAAUUAUCUUUUAGGACCGUGGUUAGUGACCUAAAAAGCAGAUCUCCCAGGGUGCAAAUUGUUCUCAUGAAUACAAAUUCUUGGUCUGGCACCGGUCAUUGUUUGGCCAGAGAGGGCAAUAAAGAACCAGUACCAAAGAUAGAUCUGCAUCCUGUCAUCAAGGUGCUAUUUUCACAGUGCAGCAGCAGUACGGAAUCUCAAGCAAGGAUGCUGGAAGAUUCAGUAACGAAGGACGUAGUUGAUGAAGUAUUUAUGCUAACACAUCAAAUAGAAGAACUAAUCGAGACUCUUUCUGCAAGAAAGGAUAUGUUUCCACCUUCCUGCUCUUCCUUACAGGGUUUAUCUUUGUCAUCCAUGCCGAGGUAGCAGCGUAUCCUAGUUCCCCUGGAAAUUCCAUAUGUAUGGAGAAAUAGCCCAAUCUCAUUUGGAUAUCCGAAAUAUGGGAAAAGAACCCUUCUUCUCUACCUAGAGUGGCAGAUUCUGUAUCGUGGUGAUAUCUCAACUUGAUGUGUAGAGUGGGAUGCACACAUACUAAAGAGGUGACGACGUAUACAAGGGGAGGCGAGUUUAGUGAUUUCGUUACCACCAUCAGAUAGGCUAACUCAUCUUUGAAUAGUUUUGAAACCCUGUAGCAUGCAAUAUGGAUAUUGAUGUUCUGUAAGAUUGUCCUGUUUUGAAUUUCUUCAGGGAAGUAGUAAAUUAUUCUUGAAAGCAAGAGUUUAGUUUUGAACUUA